AUCGGUCCUAAGGAUGUAGCCGCUAAUCAAGUUACAGCUGUGUUGCGGUACAAUGGCAAAAAAUUAGCCAUUAAACAGGAUGAUCUUGUGAAUGAGAUCAAACGGCUUCUAGAGAUGAUUCACAAUGAUAUGUAUAACAAAGUGUUGGCUGCCAGAGAUGCUCACAUGAAGAUUAGCUAUGAUAUCGACGAAUUCAAACGACUACUGGACGACAAAUUUAUCGUGCUGUCGCCCUUCUGUGGUGAAAUUGCAUGCGAAGACGAGAUCAAGAAAGCCACCACAAGAGACGACGCUGAAGCUGGUGCUGCUCAAAUGGGAGCGAAGACACUCUGCAUUCCCUUGGAGCAACCCAAAGAACCUCUACCAGAGAAAUGUUUAUUCCCUGCAUGCAAGAACAAGGCUAAUAUCAAUUAUGAUUCGAGGAUCUAUAUGAUUUGCAUAUGCCAUAAAAGACUUUACAUCGAUCAAAAAAAAUAUUUUGAAAAAUUAGGCAUGUCCUUAAAUUUUGUCUCCGUUGACCCAGAAUUUUGCGGGUUCUGUGGGGCAAUCCUUCAAAUGCCCCAACAUGCCCCUUCUUCUGUUGCUUGUCGUGUAUGCGGUACUCAGUGGCAUGUUAAAGAAAAGCGUGAUCAUCUUGUCUGUCGGGUAGAGAAGAUCUAUGAGCGAACAGUGGCAGAUACAGAAGGCAUGGAACAUGACGAUGGAGCUGAUGCCGUUGUGGAUCAUGUGUGUAGCAAAUGCGGCCAUAACAAAGCGUCUUAUUCCACAAUGCAAACAAGAUCAGCAGACGAAGGCCAAACGAUUUUGAAGAGUGAUAUGUCUCGUGGAAGCAGUGCUGGAUUCGAUCGUCAUAUUACCAUCUUCUCACCUGAAGGCCGUGUGUAUCAAGUUGAGUAUGCUUUCAAGGCAAUUAACUCCACAAAUUUGACCGCUGUUGCAGUCAAGGGCAUCGACACCGCAGUGAUUGCCGUUCAGAAACGUGUGCCAGACAGUCUUAUUGUAGCUGAAUCAGUCACAUCUAUUUAUAAUCUAUCUCCUACUGUGGGAUGUUGUGCUAUAGGAAUGAUUCCCGACUGCAAAUUCCAAGUUCGUCGAGCACAGAUGGAGGCAGCUCAGUGGAAAUAUCAGAACGGGUAUGAUAUGCCAUGCGAACUUCUGGCAAAGAGAAUGGCUGAUAAAAAUCAAUACUACACUCAAAACGCAGAAAUGAGGAGCUUGGGAUGUGCUAUGAUCAUGAUCUCUUUUGAUGACGAAGAUGGAGCAGUUGUAUUCAAAGUUGAUCCAGCCGGAUAUUACCGUGGAAUGAAGGCUGUCUCAGUUGGAGUUAAACAGUUUGAAGGUUCAUCAUAUGAUAACUUUCUAGGUGACAGCAUCUUCAUUCCUUGA